UUUCUUUCGAGCCUUUCGUCGGGCUUUAGCCGCGGAUCUGACAUUCGCAGAACAGUAUAAUUUUCUUGAUUUUAAUCCUUUUGUGGCAACACAACAUGUGUUCUGGCCUGUUGGAGAACUAUGUGGCUGCCAUGGUAUUGAGUGCAGCUGGAGAUGCCUUGGGGUUUGGUAAUAGAAAAUGGGAAUUCCAACGCAGUGGUGAGAAAAUUCACAAGGAAGUGGCCAAAAUGGGCGGCGUGGGCCAUCUCAAUGUAGCAGGUUGGAAGGUCAGUGAUGACACCAUCAUGCACUUGGCUACUGCUGAAGCCUUGGUUGCUGCUGGCAAAAAAACAGACUUACUCCACUUGUACAAACUCCUUGCAACAAACUACAGGGACUGUAUGAGUGACAUGGCUGGACGAGCUCCAGGUGGUACCUGCAUGCAUUAUGCUCUGAAUUUGGAUCCAGAUGAUCCAGAUAGCUGGAAACCUAAUUUCUGUGAAAGAGGAGGAGGGUGUGGAGCUGCCAUGAGAUCAAUGUGCAUUGGACUGAGAUUUUGUCAUCCAGAAGACCUGGAAACAUUGAUUACAGUCAGUAUUGAGAGUGGACGAAUGACUCACCAUCAUCCUACUGGUUAUCUUGGAUCCCUGGCGUCUGCUCUCUUUACUUCUUAUGCUGUGAAUCAUAAACCACCACAGGAGUGGGGAAGAGAGCUAAUGGAGGUGAUCCCUAAAGCAAAGGCAUAUAUCCAGAAGUCAGGCUGCUUUGUAGAUAAAAAUUUGGAGCAUUGGAACUACUUUGAAAACCAGUGGAAGAGAUACCUGAAAAUCAGAGGCAUCUCAGAUGGGAACUCUCCUCCCUCCUUCCCUGAAGUAUUUGGUGUGAGAGAGAGAGAUGAAUUCUAUACUUCCUUGAGUUUCUCUGGGUGGGGAGGUAGUAGUGGCCAUGAUGCCCCCAUGAUUGCCUAUGAUGCCAUACUGGGCUCUAAGAACUGGACUGAGUUGGCUCUGCGGAGUUUCUUUCAUGGUGGGGACAGUGACUCUACUGGAGUGAUUGCUGCAUGCUGGUGGGGAGCAAUGCAUGGCUUCGAAGGGGUUAGUGAAAAGAACUAUGAAGAAAUUGAAUACCGAGACCGACUGGAGAAAGUAGCUAAGGAGCUCUAUCACCUCAGCUUGACUAGAUAAAGGUCCUGCCACUAGAGAUGAAGCAACCAUUAAAAUGUAGUAAAAUAAAAUACUUCUCAAUGAACUUGUAAAAUAUGAAAAGUGAAUACAUCUAGAUAGUAAUUUAAAUUAUGCAAGGAAUUUAAUUAAAUGUUAGAAACUUAAGGAUUUAUUUCAGUAUAAAAUUUAGCUAAAAAGGGGGAAAUACCUCUCAUUUGUAAAAUUAGUUGGGACCUCUAAUCUCUGGUGUUUCAUUUGUAUUUAGAAAUGUGGCAGAAGAAUCUGAAACAAGGAAGAAUUUUUGCUAUCAUUUAAAUAAUGAAAUGUGUCCUGCAUUAGACUUUCUAGGGGGUGUGUAGGCAGAUGUAAUUGUCCCUGCUCCAAUUUCAGUUUUUGGAUUGUAGUUUUAGAUGAUCAGAGAGGGCCAUUAGUCAUCUGGCUGUUGUCCUUCAGUUCAAAUUGCUCCCAUAAAUAUACAUAAGCAGUAUUGUGUGGACUUCUAACUGACAUCUUGCCGGCAGAGAGCCACACCUUGGCCUCAGGAAUUUAACAUUACGUUUUGCUUAGCAUCUUGAAAACUUUGCUUAUUCUAUCAGUGGAGUUCUGAAAUAAGUCCAGUUGGACUGAAGACAUCUUGCUCCUAAAUCACUAGUAACUGAGACAGAAAGUCUAUAUUUAUGCUUUUAAAGAUAAUCCCUCAA